AUGGCUUCUCCUCGCACCCGCCGAACGCAGAUCAUUCUGCUCGUCGCGGGCGUUGUACUAUGCUAUAUUCUGUUCUUCUCGUCAGAGGCGGAUAAAGGCACUGAUUUUCGUGGCAAGACUGAAGCAGCCCUUCACCGCAAACAUAGUGUCCUAGCUGGUGACAUUAGUGACGAAGAUCUGUUGGCGCAGACGAAUGAUAAGCUGCAGCAAAUACUUGACGAUCGCAAAGAUGGAACAGAGCUGCCCUCGGGAACCACAGGCAACGUGAACGACGAGAUACCGGUCGCUGGACGCAAGAGUAUGCCCAACCCGAGACAGUCGCCCUUCCAGCAAGCGCCCAAGGAGAAGCCGAAAUAUCCAGUUGCCGAGACCGAGGACUUGGACGAGAUCAAGACCGAAGCUGCAUCCGAUCCAGGCGAGGAGAUGGCACGUGAAGAGCUUCAGCAAAUUCUCAAGAGGUCGCCCAUUAUAAUCUUCAGCAAAACAUACUGUCCACAUUCAAAACGCGCCAAACAGCUGCUACUCCACAUGUACGAUAUCAAGCCGGCUCCGUACGUGGUUGAGCUCGAUGAGAUGACUCAGCCGAUACCCAAGCAUAAGACACCGCAUGGCGAUGAGGAUGAGGAUGCAGAUGUCGACAGCAUGGGCGAUGUGACACUCGGCCGGAAAAUGCAAGAUCUGCUGGCCUCUUUGACUGGUCGACGGACCGUGCCGAACAUCUUGAUCAAUACUCGAAGCAUUGGUGGCGCGAGUGAAAUCGUCGGCAUGCAUCAAGAAGGUGUUCUUCUCGCAAAAAUAAAGGAAAUGGGCGGCAAACGCAUUGUCAGCGCGAAACAGCUGGAAACGGACGAUUGA